GCCGGGGAGGGGCCAGAAGAAGCGGCUGAAGCCAGCUGUCCAAACGCACGUUUCCAACAUGAGUUCGCCGGGGAGAGGCUGUCGAGCUGGGAAGGCGAGCGGCGCUUUCCCCUCAGGCACCGCCGCCGCCGCCGCCGAAGAAGCAGCAGCAGCAAGAGCCGCCGACUGCCGCUCGAGCGCCGGGCGAAGCGAAAGGGGAGAAGCAGCGCGACGGGGGAUAUAAAGCCACAGUUGUUCCUGCCAUCUUCUGCUGUCAGUUAAUAGAACAGACAUGUUCAGCCCAAACUAGAGAAAUUCACAACUUUGGUGAACAGAGACUUGUGCAGUAUGUUCUGUACCAAACUGAAAGACCUGAAGAUCACUGGCGAGUGCCCUUUUUCGUUAUUGACCCAAAGUGGGAUUUCAGAUGAAAAUGAGGAUGAAUGUGCAGAAGUGCCAAAUAGUUCCAAGGCUGCUUUGCCAAUUUGCAGAGAAAAGACUACACACGGGAACCUUCCACAAAGGAAAACCAGCAGGAGCCGAGUGUAUCUGCACACUUUAGCUGAGAGCAUCUGCAAACUCAUCUCUCCUGAGUAUGAAAGGUUAUAUCUUGCAUUUCAGAGGACACUAGCAAAUAAUAAAAUAAAAGAAAUCAGGAAUUCUGAGGAAAGAGAAGACUUUGAAAAGCUAAUCACUGACCAUGCAAAUACAUCAGGAGUUCCAGUAAACAUUAUGAAGGAAUCACUUGGUGAAGAGCUUUUCAAAAUAUGCUAUGAAGAAGACGAACAUAUCCUAGGAGUUGUCGGGGGAUCCCUCAAAGACUUUUUGAACAGUUUCAGUACUCUUCUGAAGCAGAGUGCUCACUGCCACGAAGCAGAAAAAAAGGGCAGACUUGAAGAGGUCUCAAUACUGUGCUUGGAAAAGGACCCAGAUUUCUUAAACGUGUACUAUUUCUUUCCCAAGAAAACAACCAGCCUCAUCCUGUCCGGCAUUAUCAAAGCAGCAGCUCACAUUUUGUAUGAAACAGAGGUUGAAGUGACGGUGAUGCCCCCUUGCUUCUGCAAAGAUAGCGCUGAGUUUAUUAACCAGCCAUAUUUGUUGUACUCUGUGCAAGUCAAAAGUGCAAAGCCAUCUUUAUCUCCCUGUAAACCUCAGUCUUCUCUUGUGAUUCCUGCUUCCAUGUUCUGCAAGACUUUCCCAUUUCAUUGCAUGUUUGACAAGGAUAUGGCUAUUCUGCAAGUUGGCAAUGGUAUAAGGAGACUGUUGAGUAGGAGAGAAUUUCAAGCAAAGCCAAACUUUGAUGAGUGGUUCGAAAUCCUGGCCCCUAAAAUAAACUCCACGUUUAGUGGGAUCAUGACAAUGCUAAACAUGCAGUUUACUAUAAGAGUGAGACGAGGGGACAGCGCUCUUAAAAGGUCAACAGGGGUUAUGGACCUUAAAGGACAGAUGAUCUACAUCUUUGAGUCCAGUACCAUCUUGUUCUUGGGAUCCCCCUGUGUGGAUAGACUAGAAGACUUUACAGGACGUGGCCUCUAUCUUUCAGAUAUUCCGAUUCAUAAUGCACUUAGGGAUGUUGUUUUAAUAGGAGAACAAGCCAGAGCUCAAGAUGGACUGAAGAAAAGGCUAGGAAAACUUAAGGCUACUCUUGAGCAGGCACACCAAGCCCUUGAAGAGGAGAAAAAGAAGACAGUAGAUCUUCUGUGCUCUAUUUUCCCAGGAGAGGUUGCACAGCAGCUGUGGCAAGGACAAGUUGUACAGGCCAAGAAAUUUCAUAAUGUGACAAUGCUUUUUUCUGACAUUGUAGGGUUCACUGCUAUCUGUUCCCAGUGUUCACCUAUGCAGGUUAUCACAAUGCUCAAUGAGCUCUACACUCUCUUUGAUUACCAGUGUGGAGAGCUGGAUGUCUAUAAGGUAGAAACCAUUGGAGAUGCAUACUGUGUGGCUGGAGGCUUACACAAGGAAAGUGAGACCCAUGCUAUUCAGAUUGCAUUGAUGGCUUUGAAAAUGAUGGAGCUGUCCAAUGAAGUGAUGUCUCCACAUGGAGAGCUCAUCAAGAUGCGCAUAGGUCUGCAUUCCGGCUCCGUCUUUGCUGGAGUCGUCGGUGUUAAAAUGCCGCGGUAUUGCCUAUUUGGAAACAACGUAACGCUUGCCAACAAGUUUGAGUCUUGCAGCGUACCUAGGAAAAUAAAUGUCAGCCCAACAACAUAUAGGUUACUAAAAGAUUAUCCAGGAUUUGUAUUUACUCCUCGUUCAAGGCAGGAACUUCCUCCCAACUUUCCAAGUGAUAUUCCCGGGAUCUGUUACUUUCUUGAUGCUUACCUUCAAGGAACAAAUUCAAAGCCCUGGUUUCAAAAGAAAGACACUGAAGAUGGAAAAGCAAAUUUCUUAGGGAUACCAACAGGAGUAGACUAAGCUGUGCUUUCUUGCAUUUUCAGGAUGAGUUCUGUAUGAACUGAACAUUCAAAAAAAGGAAACAUGACAGCACUUUAGCUUGUUAACACCUGAAAGCCAGUAUUAAAAUUACCAAAAAAGGGAUAUUACAUACUACUUUUAAUUUCUAUUUUAUGUAAAAAUAUAUUAAGUCAGUGGCAGUUUGGAAGGGUGAGAAGCAGGAGCGGCCCAUAUUAGUGACACCUCAUGUAACAACGAAAGGGGGGAAAGCCCAGGCACCUAAUAUUUCUUUUCCUCUUGCAAACAGCUGCUUUACCAAGGUGAGUCUGAUAAGGGCCCCCAGCUUCCCUAGAGUAUGUGCUUGACACUUCUCUCGACUUCCCAGUCUUUAGGAAUCACUUCUGGAGGGACAGCAUUCAAAAUAAGCAGAACUGAGUUGCUUGCUAUAUGAACAGCAUAACACGUAGCACUGCUCUUUCUUGAAAUAUGCAGUGGAACCUCGCGUUGCGAACGUGAUCUGUGUGGAAGACACGUUCGCAACCUGCAGCGUUCGCAACCUGCAGCACCGCGUCUGCGCAUGCGCAGGUUGCGAUUCGGGUUCAGCACGGUGCUCAACCCGAAAUUGCGUAACCUGAAGCCUCUGUAACCUGAGGUACCACUGUAUUCGGGUUACAUAGAGUUGCUUAACCAAGUUAGUAGAGUUGCUUAACCAAGCUAGUGCUCACCAGGCUUCUCAACACCCAAGUGCCACUGCUGGCACCAAGAAGGAUGGGGGAACGGCAAAGUGGGCAGGGAGUGUGGUGCAUGCCUGGAAGAACCAAUUCAAUGCUUCCAUCGCCAUGUCUGCACCACACCAAGCUCUCUACCACCUCAUCUCUUUCUUGGUAACUAGCAGUGAUGCUUGGCAUUGGGAAGCCAGAUGAGCAAUGCCACAUUGCCCACUGUUAGUUUUAAACAUGCACAUGGAAUACAUUGCAAAGAGAAUGCCUACCUAGGUGCAAGUGGAAUUGGUGUCUAGCCUCUCAUCCUCAUUCUGCCUAGGGGGCCUCACAGAUGCUACAGUACCACCGAAGGAGUAGCCUGGAAUGACACUACAGGCCACCAUUCAUUUGAUGGGGAGAAGUUUGUUUGGUUCAUGAGCGGGGGAAGCGAAAACAUGUCCAAUCUCAGUUACUUCACACUGCAAGCCAUGCAGUGUACCUUUUCUUAGUUUCCAUUUACAGCCCGUUAUUACUAUAGUAGUAUUUUUAAAUGUAUAGCAGAAACAAAAUUGACAUUCAAGUAGCCCCAUCACAGUAUUUUAAAUGAAUCUGAACUAUUCCUAAUCUUAAUUCUUCCAGCACCAUACCUCAAUGUGCUUUUUGUUAUGUGGUGAAUUUUCACACGGUAGCUCAGAAUGCAUUUGUAGUGCACGACCUUCACGUUGCAUGCAUACAGAAUGCGCUACAGAUCUGGACCUAAGCCCCAUGUGUACACUGUGAUACUUUAUGCAUUUGCACUGACACAAAAAAUGGCUUGGCUGGAUUUUUUUCUUUCUUCCUUUGCAUCCUUCAGUCCUGGCAAUUAACAAAGAGAGUAAAAUUGGUAAAAUACUGACCAAUUCUGAAACUAAGCUAGGAGGAAUUUUUCCUUUUAGAAACCCUUUUUCUGCCACACUUUGGGUCCAAGCAAGUCUAUGUAGUAAGAUCUCCUUCCUCUGUCCUUCUCUCCCCCCAUCUCAGACUUGUAAAUGUUCCUCUUCAUUUAUACAACUCCCUGAAAUUAUUCUUGACAUACCUGUCUGGAAAUGGAAUUUCUUUUUUCUCAAACUUACUGCUCUGACUUCUCUACUUCCUACAGUUUCCUGUUUCUUAUCUCAUGUGAUGUGUCAUCGUGAAUAUGUGUCAUCAAAAGAAUUAGGAAAGAGAGGAAAAGACAUGAUGGCACAACCUCAAUUUUUGAUUAAGAGUUUCAUGCUCUUUUACCAGCUGACAAACGCAUAACCUGGCCAAAGUGUCCUAAAAUAUGGGACAUCCUUUUUCACUGCAUUGCUGCAUCAUUUUAAGUAAAGCUCUGUUCAGUAUUAACCAUUUCCUGAAAGGCACAGGUUAAUCAGAUAUUAAAAGGCCAAGCAUUUCACUUAGACUGCAAUCCUAUGCACACAUACCUGCAAGUCCCUUUGAAGUUAAUGGGACUUAAUUUUGAGUAGGCCUACAUUUGAUUGCUCAUGCAUAUAUGGUUAUCAGCUGUUUUCAGUGCUAGUAUACAGAUAUGCCACUUACUGCUUCCUGAACUUCUUUCACUGUCAAUAAAUUAUACCAAUGUGUGUGUAUAUGUGUGUGUAUGAUUAUAAUCAAAUGCUAAAACCUCUGUAAUCAAACUUAUAAAUCUGAUUUCAAGGGGAACAAAUCUCCCUUGUUAUGUAUUAUAGCAAUAAAUGUUUUCUUUUUGUUGCUAUUUAAGUUUAUAUUAAAGUAUAAAGUAAACUAUU